AUGGAGGUAUCGUUCUGUUCCCCCACCGUCAUCCUGCCCAUUACCACUUGUCAGCCCACAGCGGUCUUGUGGGGCGACUAUAGGUAUCCGCGUGAUUGCCAAUGUAGCUCCCUUCCACAGCUUGUCUCGAGUGUCGUCCUCCGUGUUGCUGCACUGCCAAAGUCGCGACCUGCCUUGGCUGUUCCGCUGGUUGCUGUAUGUGUUGUAUGGGGACGAGGAUUGAGAAAUCGUUGUCGUCUCAUUUCAGAGAGUUGUAGCUCUGCAAAGCCAAAGAAGGUUCGACGCAAGUUGUUGUCUGCUUUCGCGAGACUUCGUGGCGGCGAGCAGAGACAUUGCCACGCCGGCUUUCAGAGUUGUAUCGAUUUGCGUAGCUCUAUGCCUCUGGACGAGCCGAAGCUAUCACAGAGCUCCUCGAUUCCCCCGCCUAUGCGACCAGAAACCCGACCCAUAGUAAAAACGGCCGAGUCCAGAUUAGAACCUAACCCUCGUUAUGCGGAGGCGAUGGUGAAGGAGGAGUGGGGCCUUCCUGCUACACAGGCGUUGACGUCGCCGCUAAAACCGAUGCCUAAGAGGCCAUCCCCGGGCACUACUUACGGUCUGCAUCCGGAGGAAGGCCCCGGGAAGUCGAAGGAUGAUAUGACGAAACGGGAGUUAAUCGAACUGGCGAAUCUGUUGGAGGAAAGAUUAAUGAGCACUCGUACGGAGGUGGUCCGUUUGAACAUGGAGCAGAACCAGUUGAAUGCCCAGAUUGCGGAGCUCAACUCGGACCUCUGUCAGACGCGCACCAAUCUAUCAGCUCUGCGAAAUCGCCUUCUUGAAGACAAUAUGACGCAGUAUCUGGAGGUGAGUGGAGGUUCACCCCCCAGAAACACGCGUUCUGAACAUCUGACAACCUUCGAGACCGCGGCAGUAGCCACUCCCGGCCCGAGGAUGCGCAGUCCUGGUGGCAGUAUUUUGAGUCGUGCCAGAGCUCUCGCCUCAAAAUCGUUCGGUAGCGUAAUAGGCGGUGCGACAUCCCAACCGAACCUCACCAACCCUGCUACGAUGAGUCCACGUCACUCGCUCUCCCCUCCCUCACCACCGACAACGCGACCAGGAGGCAUCGAUUAUGGCAGUGUUUGGUAG